CCCCCAAUUUCAUUUCGAAGGUCAGAAAAUAGGGUUUAAACCAAAACCCUUUCAAGAGAGAGGUGGUGAGUGAGAGAGAGGAGAAAUCGAAAUGGAGGGCGUUUCGUACCAGAGAUUCCCCAAAAUCAAAAUUCGGGAGGUGAAGGACGACUACAUGAAGUUCGAGCUGCGAGAGACCGAUGCCAGCAUCGCCAACGCCCUCCGCCGCGUGAUGAUCUCCGAGGUCCCAACCAUCGCUAUCGAUUUGGUGGAAAUCGAGGUCAACUCUUCCGUCUUGAACGACGAAUUCAUCGCCCACCGCCUAGGUCUGAUCCCUCUCAUCAGCGAGCGCGCCAUGGCCAUGCGCUUCUCCCGCGACUGCGACGCCUGCGACGGCGAUGGCCAGUGUGAGUACUGCUCCGUCGAGUUUCAUCUUCGCGCCAAGUGCAUUAACGACACUACGCUCGAUGUCACCUCGAAGGACCUCUACAGCUCGGACCACACAGUUGUUCCCGUCGAUUUCUCCGAUGCUUCGUCCACAAUCGAUAACACGGAGUCUAGGGGAAUCAUAAUUGUGAAGCUUCGCCGAGGUCAGGAGUUGAUUUUGAGAGCCAUAGCACGGAAAGGAAUUGGGAAAGAUCAUGCCAAAUGGUCGCCUGCAGCAACUGUCACUUUCAUGUAUGAACCUGAGAUCUAUAUCAACGAAGAGUUAAUGGAAACCUUGAGCAUGGCAGAGAAACAAGAGUUUGUUGACAGCAGUCCCACAAAAGUGUUUGACAUUAACCCCCGCAAUGGGCAGGUCUAUGUGCACAAUGCUGAGAAUUAUACGUAUGACGAUGAAGUUCUCAAGAAAGCAGAAGCAAUGGGGAAGCCCGGCCUUGUUGAGAUCCAUGCCAAAGAGGACAGUUUCAUAUUCACGGUAGAGACAACUGGAGGCAUAAAGGCAUCCCAAUUGUUAAUCAAUGCCAUCGAGAUCCUGAAGCAGAAGCUAGAUGCUGUUCGCUUGUCAGCAGACACUGUGGAAGCUGACGAGCAGUUUGGCGAGCUGGGAGCACAUAUGCGCGGGGGCUGAUUCCAUGUACUGACUGUUAUAACUCCAUCUUUCUUAUCAAGGUAUGCAUUUUGCUUCAAUUAACUUUAAGGUGUAUGAAAUCUGCUACUAAGUGCUGUAAUUACUUCAAAUUUCACUAGACUUUGCAUAUGGAGGAUUCUCAUGUAGUGAUGCGUUAUGUGGCUAAAAAACUUAUCCAAUCUUUUCUGAAACUGUCGAUGGAUAAGCAGUUUCGUAUUUAUGAGAAACCCUGUUAGUUCGGUUUUA